UAUUAAAUAAAUUCAUUUUUCAUCUGGUAAUAAAACUUGUUUUGCUGUAUAUAAAUAGAUAAAUCCAGGGCAAAGAGCGGAGUGAAGGAGAACUUCAAAGCCACUCCGUGUGCAAACACUCCAACCAGAGGAAGCAAUCCUCCUGUCACACAUGAAACUCUCCAUGCUGUUGCUCGUGUGUGGGGCGCCAUGAUCAGCUCAUGAGGGAUCAGACCCAACAUUCACUGCAUCCCUGGAGAUGCAAGAUGACCUGCUUUUCUUCACUAACCGUGAGACUGACCGCUGCCUGACCACUGACCGCUGCUUUACCUAUGACCGGCUCUCAGGUGGGACCCUGAUCAGUGAAGAUGGACCGUUUCUCUCUAUCAGCAAUGCUUUCUGUGCUUCUCAAAAGCUCCAAUCUGUGGCUAUAUUAAGGCUUUGAAUAAGGUCAGCGAUGAAUCGCUUUAUUUCCAGCUACACAUCUCAGUGGCGACAGGUAACCGCUUGCUUUUAUUGCAUUUUCCUUCCUUGGACUGUUUAAACUUGCGUAGGAUUGAUGUGAAAUCAAUGCAAACGUCGUUUUUGUGGAAAUCCUCUUGUGGUUGACCUCGUUUUGCUGCUGUGCUGAUUUUUGGAGUGCUGCAUGUGCCUUUGAUGAGAAGGAGGGGGAAUGUUAAGGACACUAAGCUUCAAUUUGUAAUCUGAUACAACCAUUAAUGGAUUGUUAAGAUAUUUUGUAAGUUUGACUUUAUAUACGUUGGACCCCUGAAGGAAUAGCCACUACGUUGGCUAAUGGAGAUCUAAAUAAUCAGUAAACAAUGACCGAACCCCCUGAAGACCCCUUGGUGCUGUUGGAGAUCCUGGAGGUGUUAGGUGCAUGCCGUGGGAGUGUGACGUAUGCUGACAUUUGCGUCUAUCUGAGUGGGCAUUUCAGCCUGCAGCCUCUUUUAGAUUUACGGAGCCUCUUAUACUCCACCGCCUGUAGAGACCCCUGUUUCCCUGCCACGCUCUUCAGAGAGCGACUUCACCCACCCUGCAGUAACCGGCUCUCAGCCGCUGCUGAUGUUGUUUCCCUGUUCAACCUGCUCAUGCACACCCGCAUGGGUCCUUCAUACACACACAACUUUCAAUCACUGACGCCCUGUCAAGUCUGUGGUAAGGGAUUUGUGCGUUACGAAUGGCCGGCCGCCUUGCCCGUCACAGGAGGAGGGACCGCCUCUGAGGAAUGCAAAUAUGAGAACCUCCCUUAUCAAGCGUUCGGUCAUAACACUGAGGCUUCACACGCUCCCACCACCUCCGUCUUGGUUGCUCAGCCUCACAUGCACAACCAAGUCAGCAUGCAGAAGGCGCUUUCUGGAGACGCUUCCACCGAGGCGGUCAAUCAGGAGGCAGGGAAGACUCCGGUGACCAAUCAGGGAGACCGCGUCGCUCGUUCCUGCUCGCAGAAGAGGAGUGCCUUUAAAGAAGGGUUCCACAGCAUCCCACUCAUAUCCUCGGAGGGUGAAACCGAUCAAAGCCCUGACGGACCAAGAUCGGAGGGUGAGGACUUGAUUUACGCUACCCAGAAAAACCCAUAUCCAGACCCUGCAAUUUAUGCAAGUGACCCCCACAUAUGCACCCCGGCGUCCCAUGUGCAAUGUCUGCAUGAUCAUUCGUAUGCUCAUUCGAAUGCACCUGAAGCAGAUGCGCAUGCGCAGCCUUACACUGACAGCGCAAAUCCGUAUGACCCUCAGACUCAGUGGCGCCAGGCGAAGCACGAAAGUUUGGAUGAACUCCAGACAUCCACCUACUUCGGCCCGACAGUUUCCAACCAAAAGCACCAAACCCCUGUCCUUCAAGUGAAAAGCCACAGCUUGGACAUCGAUAGCAGGACGGCGGAUGAAAGACCUGAGCCUGAAACGACUGGCCUCCAGAAACCCAGAUCAGAGCGGUCUGUUCUAGAGAAAGCUGGAUUGCGGAGACCGGGAUCUGUUAAAAUAAGCUUCGACGGAUCAAGCUUCGACAUUCCCGCAUUUGAUCCCAGCAUCGUCAACUCUGUGAGGGAUACCUUUAAGCGGCUGAGCGGGAUGAGUUUGGAUGCCUGGUAUGAUUGGUCGCCGAGCAGUGAUUGCGUGGUUAGCGUGGGCACCCAGACGGAGCCUGCAGAUCGGCGUGCUUUACGAAGCCUUAUGCUUGGCGAUAAACUCUCCAUCGACAACCCUGACAUUGCUGAGGAUGACAUCAGCACCAUCUUCCGCUUCCUAGACGACAUCAGCAUGUGUGGCUCCAUGGCAGUGCUGCCCGGAGAAGGAGGCGGAGCUCCUGAAGGGGGCGGGGCUGGGUUGCCUGAGAGGCGUGAACGUUUGGGAAAAUUACGGCGGUUGUUUCACUCCAUGGAGGCACCUGAGGAGGGCGUGAGAUGGGGUGUGGGACGCCUCCUUCAACGUGUCGCUGAAUUGGAGCAACAGCUAGAGCCUAUCUCAGAACUACGUGAGAAGUUGGCCCUUGUGCUCUCCACGCUGGACCGACUGGAACAGAGGGAGCAGGCAGCAUGCCCGCAUGUGCAUCAAAUCCACGUACAACCACAGCUCACACCACGGCCCACCAUACAGCAACAACAGGGGUCCCCAAGAGUCAAUCCAGGGAUGAUGGAGGGCGUCAAUGAGGCAGCUGCGAAACGCAGACGCCUGUUUGUACGCAGGAACUCCAGGAGCCACACAGAGAGCAGCGGGUCUGAAGCCCACAGAGAGUGGAGCAUCAGCUUCAGCAAAGAGCCACACAUACAGGCUGUUAAGUCUGAUAAUUUAGGUGGAGUGCAUAAAAAAGAUGGCUCCAUAGUACAGGAAGUGACGGGUUUUCACCUUAUGCCACCUGAGAUCCACAGUGCACCACGCCGCACAUCUGUCCAGAGCACCACUCAGCAUCUGACCGACAGACCCAAAGUGACCUGGAGCCAGUCUGACUUAACACCCCUCGACCUUCAGGCCCCUGAGUCUUUGGAGUUCUGGACAGAUGAGAUUUACACACCGGCCUCUGACACUCUUCUUCGGCGUUCGCAUUCGUACACCCGUUGCAACAGGAACCAGGCGUACCGCAUCGCGGCCCUCAGCAUCACUGCCACCAUCAUCCUCAUCCUCAUCAUCGUCAUUCCAGUCAGCACCAUGUAACGUACAUGCGGUCACAUGACAUGCCUGAGGCUACUCUGAAUGGUACAUGUUUGUUAGAUUAUAUUAUAAAGGUUUUACUGAACGCAUGAUUUCUUCAUGAGCCCGACUCUGCAAGCAUGGCAACCUGUCCCAAUCUAUAACCUAUGCAAAAUAGACUUCCUUUGGACCUUCAUGGAGCUCAACCUUUAGUUUUGUUUCUGAAUUGAAGCAGGUUCUGAGUUAAAUGCUUAUUCUGCAGUUUACGGAUUCAGGACGUUCCGGUAUACCCUCUUUGUUGAUGGAUAUUGGGGAUUUCCCAUUAGUGUAAUGUAAUUCUCCUGAAACAUGAAACGGCAUCCACUUGCUCACACAGCGGCAGGCGUAUCUCUCUCUCUCCCACACCUCCGCUCUCUCUCUCACACUAAGUUCAAAUGUUGGGAAAUUCCACUCAUGAUGCCAGAAAACGUUACACGUUUGUUCACUUUUCCCUAAAUGUGGAAGAUGUGCUGUGGUGGGAGUGAUCUUCUUGCUAUCUCUGCUUUUGUUUGAUGCUUAUUCCUCAUUUAAUAAGCUUAGUUUUGAUCACAACCAAAACAGUGCAACAAAAUGUAAUAUCCUCCCUCGCAAAAGCUUAAAAGAAAAGGAAAAUGGGCCUCCAGAGAUCCAGAAUGGAUGCAUGAUGGUGGAUCGAUACCGGCACACAUUUUCAAUUUGCUGAACAACAGCAUUAAGGUUUUAAUGGGCUGUGAUGGGACUGAGUGAGUGAGUGUGGUCGGGAGAGAGAGACUGAGAGACGAAAGGGAGUGUUUGGCCUCUUUAAUCCAGCCCGAAGGUUUCUGAGUCCUACUUCUGUCUGCUGCGGCUGAUUAAUGAGUGAAGCUUACGAUUUCCUAAGAUAAAAGAAUUUCCAAUUGGAAUUAAUUUGACUUUAACUUGCGGUUUAAUUGAUUACAGUUAUAAGUCUUUCUCCUUCACUUAUGCAAUAAAGGAUAUCCCCGAAUCCUGCUAUUACUUGGACUUUUAAUAUCGGAAGGAUUCGAGCCAUAUCACAGGCCAGAAAGCAAUCACCUACAACCUGCAUGUCCAUGAAAGGUGGGCAAGCCAGAAAGAACACAAAAGAUCGCAGAUUUUGCCUCAGUUGCUUGUGCACCUACAUAGGCCAGGGAAGUGAAGUUUAUUCACACAGCUUCUGGGUGGUGGGUGUGCUAGUAAGGACUCUAAAGCCUCAUUUACAUUACAAGUGACUCACAGCGGCAAAGUGACAAGUGACCGUUCAUUUCAACGGAGAAUGAGCGACUUCCGGCGACCUAUGUCUAGGCGACCAAUGAUGAUCAGAUUUUGUGUUGUUUUAGCCAAGACAAUUAUGUUUAGAUGUCUAUUAAACAUCUUUUUAAAAACAACAAAAAAAUGCUGGGAAGCCUCAUUCACACUACAAGCAUACCUGCCAACACACCUGUUUUUCCUGGGAGUCUGAGAGACGAAAGGCAGUGUUUGGCCUCUUUAAUCCAGCCCGAAGUUUUCUGAGUCCUACUUCUGGCUGCUGUAUUGUUUUGUCUCCCAGAAAACUCCCGGAAUCCCCCCGAAAAUUGGAUCUGAAUUUUCCAUGUACAGAUAUAAUUGGAAAUCCACAGCUCCCAGACUACUCUCCAUCUCCACUGACUUCUGGUCUGUUGCUUGUUGUGAAAAAAAGGCACACAGUGGCUUCUCAAAUUCCAUUUGGUGCCAGUUUAUUAAGAGGAAGUGACAUUUUUGUUCAUUGACUCAUUGGAUGGAAGCAGUGCUUUAUUCUCAAAUGUUUUAUGCAAUGUUUCAGUUUUGCGCAUAAGUUUAAUUCAAAUAUUUGGAUGGAAACAACUGUUUCGGUUCUACUCACUCUGCACAGAGCACAGAGGAUGCUAAUGACCACUGCCCUUAAUUGUAGUUGCUAGCCCACCGACGCACCAAUGAAAAACCUCCAGUUCUACUCUGAGUAAUCCAGGUUGGAAUUACAUUGGUGUCUCUAAUUCUGUUCACACUAUAUAGAGUGGAAGUGUAACAGCCAAUUACAGCAUGGCAGACACUCCAACAAGGAUGUUAAAGCCUUUAGGUUUUUAGAUGUGUCUUGUGAGGCUAGAGUGUAUGUCUUUUGAGUGUGCUUUAUUUGCAUGGCUUCUACUAUCAGGCCAAAGUUACACUCAACCUCCUAAAACCUCAUUACCCAUUCAGGUCAAGGGACCUCUUGAGUUCUACUUGGACCAUUCUGGGUUGUAUUUAUACCAGCAUGAGAGGCAGGCAUGCUAAUUAGCACUGUAAAGACUGCAGGCUCGAGCGUCCGACGCUAGUGUGUCAGAUGAGAUUUAUUUGCACAGUUUCUCCUUUAAACUGUGGGAUUCGAACUUGUGUAAAUGCAUUUGAAGUGGCUGUGUUAACAAAAAUGCUAAAGACCACACCUUUUGGCUGGAGUCACUAGUAUGCCACUAAUGGCCUGUUUCCACUCAGUGGUACGGUAUGGUUCGGUACGCUUUUAUAGCCGUUUUCACUGUCAAAAGGUGUAACGAACUGAACCGUACCGUACCACUUUUU